CAUUUAUAUUUCCCUGAAAAAUCAAUGAUCAGGUUAUUUUAAUUUCAGUUGUAUAUGGAGCACUUUUAAUAUAUUAUUUCCUAUCUGUAAUUGAAUCAUUAUAGAAGACAGAGUUAAGGUUUGUGAUUGUUUAUAAUUAUGGGAAUUUUUGGUACAAAGUGAAAUCAUGAAAAACCUCGGUAGGAAGUUUAUAUUAUAGUUAUAAUUUUAAUUAUUUUAAAGCAUGUAACUGCUUGAUGUUUAAAUCUAAAGAAAAUAUAACUAGAAAAAAAUCCAUGCAGACCAGGCAGCAGACGGGACUCGAACCCGCACCCUUCGCAAUCCGGGAGAAUGCACUGACCAAUUAUGCUACCGCGGCCCUCACGGACCGCGUCGAAAUUCUUCUAGCCAUUCUUAAGCUGCAAGGCAGCGCCAUCUCUUCGCAUUAUAGAAUGAAAUGACACAAUAUUUUAAACAAUUUGGUAUGGUUACAAAUGCAAGGGUGAUACGUUCCAAACGCACUGGUCAUUCUAAGGGUUUUGCAUUUGUAGAGUUUAGAGAUCCAGCUGUAGCUGAAAUAGUGGCAGAUACAAUGAAUAAUUAUUUGAUGGGAAAGAGAUUAAUUAAAGCUGUAUGUAUUCCCCCCGAGAAACAAAAACGUUUUGCACGGAGAAAACACUGGAAUGCAGUAAACAAUCCUUCCAAUAACAUGAGAAUUAAAAUGAAAAAGGAAUAUAAUACUGACCCAAACGAAGAAGGUGAACUAAAAAGGGCUAAAAAAAUGUUAUCUACGUUCCAUAAAAUGAAGAGGAAGUUAAGUACCUUCGGCAUAAAUUAUGACAUUUUCUCACCUGUAGAUGUGCCUGAAGAGUUAUCUCACCUUUUAGCGAAGCCAGAAGUAAAACAGGAGAAAGUAGAAGAAAAUAAGAAUGACAUUAAUAAAAUUUAUUUGGUUAAAGAGAAAAACAAAAAAGAAGAAAAAGGGUUAGAAACUCAAACUAAAAAAGAGAAUAAGAAAAGUAAAAAAAAUGCAAUGGUAAUAGUAGAAAAAAAAGUUUCUACAAGUAAUGAAACAGUUGCUGUGCAAAAAUCAAAAAAAGCGAAACAACUGAAGCUAAAAGCUGCAGAAUCAACGAUUUCCAAUAAGAAGCCUAAAAUUGGAAAUGAGGGAACAACCCCAAAAAAGAAGCGUAAAUUUGAAAAUGAGAGUAAGGUAAUAAGAAAACAGUUCAAAAAAAAGAAAUGA